AAAAAGCACAGCCAGCUCAGUGUUUUCUCACAGUUGUAAAUGAAACUGUGGUAAAUGAAAGCAGUAUUUUUGUGAUUUAUGGAAGAUAAGUUUACUUAAACGUUCUCAUGUUGCUGUUUUUAAGUUUGUUUUUCAUCACAGUUUGACGUUCACAGAUGGAAAGGUGGCAGGAGAAUCAUGGUCUGGAGUGAACUGAUCUGGAUUUUAAUAUGGAUGGAAAAUUGACUUUUGUGUGAGUUUUUACUACUUUUACUGAGCGUUUACUACUUUUUUACUACAACAAAGGAAAAAUGAGCAACGAAAUAAAAAAAAUAAAUGUAUCUGUAAUGCAGUUGAAGAUCGUCUGUCGAGCCUCAAAGCCGCUGGACGAUAUGAGAUUGAUGGGUUCCUUAGUGCACGUGACUCUUAUUUUUCUGCUUUCCCUUGUUUCUGUGUCUAGACACAUGUUUUUAUGCAGAUAAUCACAUGUGGCAGCUUGUCACGCCAGACUUCUGGCUGUCCCACCAAAACAUAAAAGCUGUGAAAUGUUGCUUCCACUGGGCAAAACUGGUUGGCUGUCUAAAAAUAACAUCAGAGUGCAUGUAAAUCAUGUCAUCACAGCUCCAAUUUGUCGAACUCAAAAUCUGCUUUUUAAAAUCAUGAUGAGAAUAUUUGAGAAGGAAGAGGCUCAUUAAAUUUCAGCCCAUCUGUGAGUGGAAAAUGUCAGGACAGUAACUAUGAAAUGACUUCUUUCAGAGACCUGUAACUUCUUGCAGUUCUUCUUGCAGACAGAGAAAAUAUGUCUUUUAAAAGCCCAACGGGACACGAGAAGUCAAAUAUGGAGAAAUAUUCAAGAAAAGAAUUCUAUAUCUUCGAUAACAACAACGACCCCGCACAAAUAACCGAUUGUCAUAGAUCUAAACUGAAGAUAUAAAACGAUAUCUGACAUGAAACAUUUUCCAUGACUCUAAAUAUAGUCAGCUGUUGUGUUUGCACUUGUUUCAUAAUCUGCUGUGUGUGCGUGUGUGUCUCAGUUGUGUCGGCCCUCUUCCUCAUUUCAGCACAGGAAGUUGAGUGUUCUGUCAGUAGCAGAGCUGCAGCCACCCUCUGUGACGGGUCAUUCCUGUAAACAUUUUGUGAACAUGGUACUUCUCUAGUGCCUGACACACGCCGCGACCAUGUCCUGUCUGGGCCAGCGUCUCUCGUUCCACACCUGAUGCCAACACAGCAGUCAAACUCCUACAGGCUGGAGUGUAUCUGGAGGAUGGGGAACAUGAUGAGAGGACUCACAGCCACGGACAAGAUCAACACUCAAAACCUCGACGGCUCUCAAAAGAGUUUAGAGGACGACACGGUGGUGGUGGUUCAAGACUACCCGUCUCCUGACAUCAGCGCGCCCAUUUACAGAAUGGGGGAGAAACUCCGAGUCCUCGCACAGGAGGCUUAUUGGUGGAGAGUUUGCUCUGUCCAAACAGGGAAGGAAAACUACAUACCCAGUAGUCAUGUGGCAAAAGUCUACCAUGGUUGGCUGUUUGAAGGGGUGGAGAGGCAAAAAGCCGAGGAGCUGCUGCUUCUCCCCGUGAACAGAGUGGGAUCCUUUCUAGUGCGGGAGAGCACCAGUGAGAGAGGCACGUAUUCACUCUCGGUGAAGCACAGGAGCAUAAAGCACUAUCGUAUCUCCAGACUGGACAACAGCUGGUACUACAUCUCACCCCGUCUCACUUUCCAGUGCCUUGAGGAUAUGAUCAACCACUACUCUGACACAGCAGACGGCCUGUGUUGUGUCUUAACCACUCCUUGUCUGUCGGGCACAACCCCACAGUCGGACGCGGCUCCGCCUGUCGUCAUGCGCCGCAACUUUGACUGGAAGAAAGUCGACAGGCGGCAGCUGGUCAGCACGGACAGCUGCAGUGACAACACGGUGAGCUACGGAGUCAGAAACAGCAUCGCCGCCUACCUGUCCUUCUCUGAGAGUCAGGACUCUGCACACAAACGGGCAAAGUGCAGGAAGGCCAAGAGUAAAUCUGUGUACGCUGUCCCUGAAAACGGCCUGGGAAUUAUGCACUAUGAAGACGACAUGUAGAGGGAAGUCCCUCAAGGUCGGAGGUCAACAGAGGGGGUGUGCUGAUAUCUGGACUGCUACAUAUGCUAAACCAACCCACACAUCAAAAUGAAAAUGACAUAAUCAUUUACACUCAGGUGACAAUUAAGACUGUGACGUUGAACUGGACAAUGGUGCGUUUGAAAUGUUGCGAGGGCGUUCCAGAUGUGAACCGGAACUGGAACUGGAAGAAUGUUGUGAAUGUAAAAAGAAGACUUUAUUAUUUGGUAAUAAUAAUUAUGUGUACAUAAACUGAUUAGUCAAACUAUUAACUUUUCUCAAUCAGUGUUGUUAAUAAACACCAGCGUAAACUUGG